GGCUUUUCCCGCCCGCCAGCUCCCGGCCAAUCAGGAGCGAACAGGUCGCCCGGCGGCGGGGGCGGAGGGCGGAGGACAAGAUGGCGGCCAAAGGCGGCAGGAGCGGGCUGCUCGAUAAGUGGAAGAUCGACGACAAACCGGUCAAAAUCGACAAGUGGGACGGUUCAGCUGUCAAAAAUUCCUUGGACGAUUCUGCUAAAAAAGUUCUCCUGGAAAAGUACAAAUACGUUGAAAAUUUCCGUUUGAUCGAUGGCCGCCUCAUCAUCUGCACAAUCUCCUGUCUCUUCGCCAUCGUGGCCCUGAUUUGGGAUUACCUGCACCCCUUCCCCGAGUCCAAACCCGUGCUCGCCUUUUGUGUCGUAUCAUAUUUUGUGAUGAUGGGAAUCCUGACUAUCUAUACCUCAUAUAAAGAAAAGAGUAUUUUCCUCGUAGCCCACAGAAAAGACCCAGCGGGGAUGGACCCCGAUGACGUUUGGCAACUUUCCUCCAGUCUCAAACGGUUCGACGACAAGUACACCCUGAAGUUGACGUUCAUCAGCGGGAAAACCAAACAGCAGAGGGAAGCCGAGUUCACCAAAUCCAUCGCCAAAUUCUUCGACGCCAACGGGACUCUGGUCAUGGAGGCGUACGAACCCGAGGUGUCCAAGCUCCACGACACUCUGGCCCUGGAGAAGAAAAUCAAAUGAUCCCCGACCCCGCAAACGCGCUCAAUUCCCCCCAAUAAAGUCAAAACGGCUAAAAAAAGCGAACGACCACCUCUAUUUUUGUCCUGAAAUCCUAGCGGGUUGUGGAUAAAGCGGGACUUUUAAGCUUAGAUCGUGGAUUUUCAGCAGCUUUUGUGCUUCUGCCACCCCUUGCGUGGAGGAUUUGGGGACGCUUGGGAGGGGACACUUGUCACCGAUGCUCCCCCGGAAUCCUCCUUUUUUACUUGUCAGUGUGGGGUGUUGAUAAUCUGCAUUUCACCCUCGCUUUUCCCCUUUCCGUUGGGAAUUCAGGACAAAAUCCUUCUGUAAAACAACCGUCCGCUCGCAAACACGGUUUUUCUUUAUUUUUGUAUUUAUCUAAUAAUGGUUAAGGGAUUGUUUUAUAUAAGAAAACCUUUGGGGGGGGGAGUUAAUUAUGCUACUUCUGUAGGUCCGGCUUAUCUAUAAGGUGAAAAACAAUGCAAGCGAAGGGUUUUUCCCCGCUGCGAAAAUGGCAUUUUCUAAUCGAAUUAAUAAAAUAUCGAUGUUUUUUUUUUCAAUAAAACGGAAGAACAGAC